AUGCUUGACCUAAAAAUUUUCAUCUUCGGUCUUAACACUAUGCUAAUGUUCACUAUAUCAGAUUGUCAAUAUCCCACGUAUUAUGAUGUAGGAAAAGGGAUUUUUAAUACACCGGAAAAUGAAGUUUUUAUCUAUACACAAAUGAUUCAUAUUCCCAUUAUAACAUCUCUCCCAACAAAACCACAUAUAAUUGAAAGCAAGAAGAAAUCAAAAAACCCAUGCAAUAUUUUACCCAUAAUAGAACGCCGCAUGAAAGAUGUCAUUAUAAGAGUUGAAGAGAAACUUCCAGACAUACAUCCAAUAGUCGGAAGACCACAGCUGGAAGAUCUGAUUCUUAAUAAAGGGAAAUUGAAUGUCACAAAAAGUAACUUAUAUGACAACCCACAACUUAAGAUAGGUCAAGACUCUUCAACUGACAUAUUUUCCAAAAAUCAUUUAUCAGUUGAACCUGAUACACCUGAGUUUCUACAACACGACAUACGUCCAAUUUCAAACACCCGGCGAACAAAAAGAAUGGCGUCAAUUAUGUGGGGGGCUAUGGCCUUAGGAACAGUGGUUGGAAGUUUGAGUGUAUACAAUCGAAUUGACAUUUCUAGUUUAAAUAAUCAGGUGCAGACAAUUUAUGAUAACCAAAGAGAGAUAAAACUGAAUCUGGAUAACAUUGUUGAAACAACAAACAAACUCAUUGGCAAUCAGGAGAAAAUGACUUAUGUUAUAAACAAUAUAACCCAGAAACUAAACUGGAUGAUUGAAGAUUACAACUGUCUCCUAUACACUUAUGACCAAGAAAUGAACUUCAUAAACAACUGGGCUGCACUGACACCUAAUUCUUUUUUAAGAGCAGUUAAUGGUGCAUUGCAAGGUGUAUUAACACUAGAUUUACUUCCUGGUGACCAGAUCCAAAAGAUAAUUCAGUAUUAUUCAUCUUUUGCCAACACAAUUUACGAAGAUAAGCCAGAACUCCUAUAUCAAGCUGCAAGGGUUUACAUAGUAAAACUAGAAAAGAAUCCUCCCAUCUUAGAGUGCAUUAUAGGUGUUCCAAAAAUUAUGAAAAUUCCCUUUGGAAUAAAAUAUACACAGAAGUCGUGCCAUUGGCAAUACAAAAACAUGUAUGUCUCGAUUCCUAAGGAUAUAGACAGCAUAUAUUCAUACUCUGAAAAAACUUGGUUUCCAACGGAGGGUUGCUCCUCUAAAGACGAACUAACCUUAUGUGAUAUAAGGAAAUUUAAACAGAUACAAGAUCCAUGCCUUGUGACUGAUAACAACGCAAAUUUGUCAAGGUGUAAGUUAACAAUAAGUAAGGAGUUGAUCCCAGAUGAGGCAAUACAAUUCAAAUCUGGAGUACUUAUAUGUAAUAGCACAAAACAGAUUGUAUCCUUCAAGAGAGAUAAUUAUGGAGUUCUUCAAUCAAAAACUGUAAAAGUCAAUACAAGUCUAUAUGUUGACUCAAAUAGUGCAGAUUCGCUUGUUGUGGGUAAUGAGCACUUCGAUCUAUCAUAUACAUCAGAUGUCAUCAAGAUAACAAAUAGUUACAUAAUCCACAAUAAGAUAAAUGAUACUGAAACCCCCAUUGCGGAUUUCGUAAUGGAUGAAACUUUUGAUCAUGUAUCUUAUCUCCCCAAAAUGAAAGACCUUGAAUCAAUCAACACAAAUCAUCACAUUAUUGCAUAUGCUUAA